UUACACAGUUUAGUAUUUAUGUAUCAAGUCCUAUAUUUUACGAAAGUCAUUUGUUGGCUCUACUUAACGCAAAACAGAAAAUAAUUUGAAGAAACAGAAAAAUAAAGCCAGAAAAAGAAAAGGAACCUAUUAUACUCUGAGCUUUGGCCCAUCUAGUAAAAGUAAUCGGCCUAGCCCACCUCCACCUCUCCUUCCACCUUCUGCUACAGGAGGCACACGAGCCGUGGCGGCCAUCCCGCCGGCCAUGGCCACGUGCUGGCCAUCGGCGCCCCAACUGCCGUCUAUAUGAGCACGCAAAUCCUCCCUGAACACUAGGCCCGUUUCUUCCCCUCCCAUGCUCGCCCCCCUGUUUUCUUCAUGCCCGAAACACCAUGGACGCGCCGCCGUCGCUCACACGGCCACCGCCUCCCCCGCGCUGCACCACCAUGUCCCGGGGGACCAACGUCAUCUCCUACGCCGUCCACAACACCAACUCGACGCCGGGGAGCCUCACAACGAUGGGAUCGAGGUCGUCUUCAACCUCGGUGCCGCCACCGUCCGUCGUUCGAUCCGCGACCGAUGAUGCAUCCCCGGCCUCCACGAGACCUCCUCGAGCUCCGCAACCCGAGACCGCGGUUGAACCACUGAUCGACUACUUCACCUUCGAGGGUCCGUUUCUGUCUACAGAGCAACCAGGAGCCAGAGGAUCUCGAGGAUGUUUCUACGUGGAGUUCGGCUUCGAGGAGUAGUUAGGAGGUCCCAGGCAGGAGGCCUCGCCUUUUCGAUCGUUGCUACUUUUGUGCUAGCCUUCUUAAGGCAAACUUGUUUAACUUAUGUCUGUACUCAGAUAUUGUUGCUUC